GCGUUGAUUUCCAUUCUACAAAGUCGAUGGCUAUAAUGAAAGCAACCAGCUAGCAGAGCGAGACAACUUUAUAAUACAGCCAGAUGUCUUCUCCCCUCACAACUCUCAACCGCGACAUCCAAGACUCCCUCACCUCCACCUUCGAGCCCCGAAUCUGCUUCUUCUGCACCACCUCUGCAAGCAAAGAAGGUCACCAGCUCGGCAAAUACCAGUGUCCGCGCUGCUCACGCUUCUACUGCUCGUUGAAAUGCUACAGAUCUAAAGCGCAUGCUGCGUGUACUGCCUCUUUUAAACGCGAUUCGACCACCGCGUCAGCCGCCGGGGUUGGGAGUGCGAGCGGCGAGGGCAGAAGACAGGUGCUGGUGAAUGAUGGGGUUGCUACGAGUGAUGAGGAGAAAAUCAGGUUGAGAGAGUUAGUCAACGAGUACGCUCUAGAAGCCGAAGAGCAUCCGCUGGGUGACUUGGAGAGAUUAGUAAACAGACCAGCCGAAUAUGUCGAGGAUAGCGAAGCUGACAGCGACGAUGAGCAUUCCACAGCACCCAAGAAUUUUAAUCACAGCAAUAACGACGACGACGACGAUGAUGAUGAUGACGACGGAGAGGACGACGAAGCACGAAGAAAAGAUCUCGAAGACCGUAUGCGUGGCGUUGACAUUGAAUCCGCAGACUUUGACACCCUCUGGUCUCGCUUGACAAUCACAGAGCAGGCUGAUUUUUUACGGUUAGCCCAGCAACACGAGCGGGAAUCGAAUAACAGGCUGUUGGAGUGAACUUAUAUGUAAUUUAGUACUGUUAAUUGUAGUCACUAUGUACAUUCUAAAUCAACAAUA